CCUCCUGCUCCACAUCCUCCUCCUCCUCAUCCUCCUCCUCCUCAUCCUCCUCAUCCUCCUCAUCAUCCUCAUCUUCAUCUUCAUCCUCCUCCUCCUCCCCCCGGUUCCCGCCGCCGCCGCCGCCUCCUCCCCGCCGCACGACCGUGACCAAGGCUCCCGGAGCAGCCGCGGUUCGCUGAGCUCCGGCUCCAUCCCGCGGGAUCCGGAGGCUCCGGAGCAGCCGAGCGGGGCAGAGCUCCAUGCGGGAUCUGCACAAGGCCGAGGUGCUCGGGAGCAAACGCGGCCUGAUGUCAUGGCGGCCGCAGUACCGCAGCUCCAAGUUCCGGAAUGUUUAUGGGAAGGUGGCGAGCCGGGAGCUCUGCUUCGACGGAAUUCCCAUCACCAAGAACAUCCACGACAAUCAUUUCUGCGCCGUCAACGCCCGAUUCCUCGCCAUCGUCACCGAGAGCGCCGGCGGCGGCUCCUUCCUGGUCAUCCCGCUGGAGCAGACCGGCCGGAUCGAGCCCAAUUAUCCCAAAGUUUGCGGCCACCAGGGAAACGUCCUGGACAUCAAAUGGAAUCCCUUCAUUGACAACGUCAUCGCCUCCUGCUCCGAGGACACCUCGGUGCGGAUCUGGGAGAUUCCGGAGGGGGGAUUGAAGCGGAACAUGACGGAGGUGGCGCUGGAGCUGUUCGGGCACAGUCGGCGUGUGGGGCUCGUGGAGUGGCACCUGACCACCAACAACAUCCUGCUCAGUGCCGGAUACGACUACAAGGUGCUGAUCUGGAACCUGGAGCUGGGCGAGCCGGUGAAGAUGCUGGAUUGCCACUCGGACGUGAUCUCGUGCAUGUCCUUCAACAGCGACGGGAGCCUCCUGGCCACCGCCUGCAAGGACCGGUGGCUGCGCGUCCUGGAGCCGCGCUCCGGGAAGGUCCUGCAGGAGGCGACCUGCAAAAAUCACCGCGUCAACCGCAUGGUUUUCCUGGGAAACACGUCUGCUGAAAUUAGAAGAUAAGAUAGAGGAGAAUCACAAAAAACUUAGAGAUGAGAUUAAAGAGGACCUUCUCCAAAUCUCAGCAGUACAGAUCAGAGGUCCUGGCACUCAACGCAGGCGUUCCCCAGAUCGGGAGAGAAGGUAUACCCCACGAGCUGAGCUGCGGUUCUACCUGCGUGAUUGCGGAGAAAACAUGAGGAGAUGGGAUGGGAAAUCUACUGCAGCUCUGGCACAACGGGUGCGUGAAUUGAAGGAGGAGAAGAGUCACAAAGGAAGUUCCACAAAAAGGGAAGCAGCUCCAGUUGCCCGUAGCCAAACUGCCAGGUAUGAUGAUGAUGACAUGUCCGAUCCCCUUGAAGGAACAUCCAAGACAUAUACCAAAAGAAAGAAAGAUAACCAGGCUUAGAGGGGCCCUGCCUCUAGCCAGGUAGAGGCUAGGGAAAAUCGUGUUUUUUGGACUGUGUGGAUUCGUUGGCCUGGCACAUCAGAGCCACAACGAUAUGAGGC